CUCUCUCAAUUCCUCCCGAAAAUUUUCUGAGCAAUUUAGCCCAAAGACUCCCUCCUCCAACUACUCCGUUUUUUUUCUUCUGUAGGCUUGGGGGGUCUUUGAAUUAAAUUGCUUUCGAUCUUUUUCAUGAUCCUACUUGGUGGUUUUUGAAUGAUCUUGUUCAAUUUUCUGACUCUUUCUUACUACCUUGUUAUGUUUUUUCGAUUUGAUUAUUAUUGACCGUAGAUAGUUCUUUAUCAUAGCACUUCGUUUCUGGUUCUUUUACUUAGCUUAGAAAUAUAUAAGCUGUGAUGUUGCAUAUCCACGAAUGAUUUGGAAAUUAACAUGGUAUUUCUGCCUUUCAUUUUGACAGAAGAUCCCCGUUUGAAAGACUACAGAAAAUGGGCCGAAUUUGGAGAUGAUUAAGUGGGGGAAGGCCAGCCCAAAAAUAGCCUACAAGGAAGGACCGACUUGGUUUCUUAUGUUACAAGCCACGAUUCACCCUUUUAGUCCCUCUUACACUCGCGCUCAUUUUUCAGUACGGAUCUUAGCACUUCCUUCUUCUUUGCCAUCGAAGAUCACAGUUAGGGUUCGAUAUCCUCGCGAGAGAGAUCUGUGCGUUACUACUUUUCGUUUUUCUUCAUCUUUACUACCAAUGGAUGAACAAAAGACGAAGCUGGUCAAGGAUGAAUUGGAAACAGUGGAGAAACACUCUUUGUUGGUUAAAGAUUUGUACGAAACUGAUGCUGCAAUCAAACAGUUUGCAUUCGAUACGCUAUGGAACUUCAAAAAGAUUCCACAAGUUCAUACGUUUCUGGUGGAUGUUGCUGCUAAAAAAACAUUUUCCCUUCAAAGCUUGGCAAUGAAGGCCAGAGUUGCAAGGGUUGAUUCUUUGGUUUCUCAAACAGAGACCCAAAUGUUGUUGGAAGAUCUUAUAUUCGUUAACUCUCACCUCUGUCUCCAUGAAAGAAGAGUGGAUGUUAUGAGGGAUAAGAUACUGCUUGGGCUAAAGGAUAGAAAGUACCCGUAUCUACAUGGGCUGCUUGACGAUCAGAGCUGCAGAAUUGAAGGUGGAGGUGUUUGCUACACUUGUGAUUUUAAACAGCUUGGGGGCCAUGAGGACCAUGCCCUGAUACAUCAGGUAGACUCCUUCGGAAACUUUAGAAACAUUUACAUUGUCAAAGAUAUUGUGCACAACACAAUUGAUAGUGAAGCUGUUCAACUAUUAUUAGACGUCCUUGCUGUUUCUGAAGUUGCUGAAGAAUAUGAGUUUGAGUUGCCAUAUGUAGUUGAACACUUGAGGGCAUUUGAAAUUGAGAUUGGGAGCCAGCUGGUAAGACAUGAAAAUGUUAUUGAGGAAUUGAGCAUCUUCGAAUAUCCUUAUAAGAGGAUAGGUGAGAAGGAAGAAGGUGGAGGUAAAGAUGUGGAGGCAAAGACACUUCCUAAUGUUCCGGUAGACGUGGAAAAUGUUGUGGAUCAUGAACUGCCUAUCUGUCCAGUCAAGGGGCGCUGGACAUUGGCCGAUAUUCAGACUUUUGUUGAAGGAAUCGAAAAGGAAAGUAAGGGGAAGUUGAAAUUGAUAUCUGAAAAGUAUUUUGGGAAGACAAGGACGAAGAAAUCUUUGGAGAUGCUGUUGGAUAGGCUUGAUAGAGCCACACCAGAGCAGAUGGCAGCAGCUGGUAUGGCUGAAGACCUUGUUAACCGAGUGAUUCUAGUGAAGAACAUGGGAGCAGAUCAAACUUUGGAUGGUGUUGCUGGUGUUGGAAACGACAGGUGGACAGCUCAAGAAGUGACCAAUUUCAUUGAUGGCUGUAAUGAUUUUGGCUCAGACAAUAUACACAAAAUUCAAGAAGUGUAUUUCAAUGGUAAAAAUGGCCGAACCUGGAGAUCGCUGAAAGCCCUGAAGCGCAAGAGAAAUCUUCUGAAAAGGCAAGGCUUGGUGGUGUAAAGAGAUGGACUUCAAAGCUAAAGGCGGUAUUAUACUGUUUACUGAAUUCCCUAUUACUAAAUCUAGGUCUUUUUUUCUGCAAACAUAUGGUUUUGUAAACCUCAUUAGGGACAAGCAAAGUUUUGUAGGUAUCCUUGAAAGUUGGUUGUCUGAUACGAUUUCGUAGGUCAAACGAAGAGCAAUGCUUUUCUGUUAAACGGAUGGGAUUUAUUCGUUGUUUUUGAAUUGUAAAGGUAGAACUCUUCACCUCUGGUGUCACUCGUCCAUGUAUGCAUGUCAUUUACCCAUCUUGCCCCACUGUGAACUGGGACAUAGUCGUUUAUUGCUGUAUUGUGGCAGAGAGAAGCCUCUGAAAUGAAGUUGGAGAAGCCUAGAAUUCUGCUGCCAGCUCCAGUUAAUGCUAGAAUACGAUCAUUAUUUGCUUACAGCCUAUGAAAGUUGAGGUGUAUUCGUAUAUAUGUUGAUCAAAGCUCGAUUAGCAUCAUUAUGCUCGAUGAAAGGAAUAUAACUUUUGACUAACUGGAGCUUUAUCAUAGGCAAGUGUUGACACAGAUACGGAUGAACCAUUCAUAAUUCCAAACAGACCAGGGAACAAAAUGGCUACUCCCAGCAGCAAGAAAGCGACACCAAGCAAGUUGAUAACACAUCUAGAAGGGUUUGUUUUUACUGGAGUGCAGCAAUGCUUAAGUUGUUUAAGUCCAUGU